UCUUCUCUUGAUCCCAACGCACCUCAUUGCAAUCUAGUGAGUACCACCUUAACAGUAAUGGCUAAGGGAAGGGGCAGUGCAGGCCAUGGUGUGGCUCUCGGGGUGGCGCUUCUUUGCCUCCUUCUCCACUGCAAGCUCGCCGAGUCGGCCAUCUACACCGUCGGCGGCAAUGGCGGGUGGUCCUUGAACACUGUCAGCUGGCCCAACGGCAAGCGUUUCAGGGCCGGAGAUGUUCUGGUUUUCAAGUAUAAUCCGAAGGCACACAACGUGGCUGCGGUGACCGCGGCUGGUUAUAAUCGCUGCACGAUGCCGAGGGGAUCCAAGAUCUUCAAGUCUGGAAACGAUAGUAUCAGACUGAGAAGGGGAAGGAACUACUUCAUUUGCAGCUUCGUGGGGCACUGCCAAGCAGGGAUGAAGAUAGCAGUUACAGCAGCAUAGAUGAGUGAGUUCUAGAUUUAUAGAGCUUUGUGAUCUAUGAAAGGGAUAAUAGUACUGCUAUGUAGUGUGGGCUGGCUUGGAUGGUGUUCAAACAAAAAUGAGCUACUCGGUAUGGCUUGUUUUUGGAUAUAAGAUAGUAGUAAAUAAAGGUGAAGGUUUCUAUAUGAAUGGGUAGCUCUAUAUGAUCUUCGAUCUCUAGAAUGUGUUGGUUCCAUGUAUUGGUGUUUUCAUAGAAGAAAUAUAUCACUUGUCACAUUGGAUGCGCCUUCUCAA